GGCUGUUGCUGUUCUAAGGUGCUGUUCAAUUGUCUGCUGUUGCUGCUAGAAAGUGCCACUUUUAUUUAUCCAUCACACUCACUGCUGACACUGGGCCAAGUCAUUGACAUUUGAUUUAAAACAUCGUGUUAACAUUAUCCAAAGAUAUAUUCGGUACAGCUCAUACACUCUCACUCAUUUAAAACGCCAUUAUUCCAUCAUAAUACAAAGUCAGAGUACAUCUUGAAUCACUUGUUUAUGGCUUUCUCAUUAUCUAACAACUGGGUCAAUUCAUACAAUAUCAUUCUUAAAGAUGUCUGAUGAAACAUCCACUGUGGAUACUUCAUUCCAUAGUACUUUUUCAAGCACAAGUCAAGAUAAUAAAUCUAUAGAUCAUGAAUUACACUCAAAGAAAUCCUCAUUGCUAUUGAAGGAUACUUCAUCGAAUCAUCUCACAACUCCAAGGGUUUCAAGAACACUAGAUAAUCAAACUUCUCCAGGUUCUUUACCACGUUAUCCAGGAACAUUGCACGUUAAUGCUUUGACAAGUGCUGAUAACUCUUUAAAAGAUCCAAAUGAAGAAGGUUUAUCACAACAGGAUAAUGAUAACAACGACGACGAAGCUAAUGAUUCAAAUAACAGCAAAACUUUAGAUCCAGGAAAACCUUCAAAUAAUACAAAUCAAAGAGUUAAUGAAUUGAUAAAUUCUCUUGAUGAACCAAUUUUUUUCAAAAGAGUCUCAACAAUGUCUACUGACUCAACAAAUUCAACAAAUUCGGCUCAAAGUUAUGAAUCUCUUCCUAACAAUUCAAAUACAAAUGAUGAUAUAACUGUUGGUGUGGUGAAUACUGCUACUGCAACUACUUUCCAAAAAGGAACCCCAACAACAAGACAAGUUAAUAAUAAAUCGCCUGAAUUGAAAUCAACAGAUGACGAAAUAGGUGAAGAAGGUUCAAACACUUUAGGACAAGAUGAUCAAAUACCCGAUUUAAAGAAAGAAUUGGCAAACUUGGAAGUACCUAGUGAAGCAAAAGAAACUGGAUUGCAACAACCUGUUCAAAUAGAACCACUUCAAAGAUCUUCAAAAGUUGAAUCUACCGAAACUACAACGAAAAAAGAGGAAACUGAUCCAAUUGAAACAAGUAGCUUAAGAUCUGAAGAAAUGGAGACAGAAAAACCAAUUAUACAAUCAUCUUCUCAUAAUGUUAGUUCACAAGAGUUAUUAACACAUGAUCUAAAAAUACAAAACCCAACUUUAACUACAUCUUCAUUUGUUUCAACAGAUCCUGGUUCAAAUUUUGAAAAUAAAAUCAUUGAUGAUUUCAUUGGCUCAUCAACUGAAAGAUUACCACCAUCUUCAAAAUAUUCUGAAAAUUUUGAUAAUGAAAAAUUUGAACAAUUUGAAAAACCAAUUGCUGCAUCUUCAAAUAUUAAUAUCUCAAGCUUAGGCUCAAGUACAACUAAUUUAUCUGAAGAAAUUGGUGAUUUAACGAUCCAAGAAGAAGAUGUUCAACAGCCUCAAACAGGGAAUAACACUUCAAUUAUGUUGCAAAAGCUUCAGAUCAUUCUUCAGAUUCUUCAUCAAUACCCACUCCAAAUUUCACUACACCUAAAAUCCCACAAGAAAGAUCAACUUCAAACCCUGUCACUACAACGGUUCCCGUAUUGUCACAAUCAACUAUAA